CUUUCUUACGGUGUGGCUAGCAUUACACUUGAGUGCGUGGAACUAGAAUCUAAGUUGGAAUAGUCAAAGUGAACCAGCAUGAGAUACUUAGUGCCCUAGAUCUAGCCAGUAACGUGCAAAAAGGAUCAAAUAAUCGUUCCACACUAUCACGAACUGCAGCACCUGAUCAUCUUUUCGACCUCUAAACGACCGGCAUAGCUCCCAGAUGAUGUCAUCAUCGAAUAAUCUAGCCCCUAGUGUGGCUCCUUCAGAAAAGGUCCCUUGGCCAAACAGCAAGGAUGACUAUGAAUUGCGUGAUGUCAUAGGUGUAGGUGCGACAGCUGUAGUACAUGCCGCUCUAUGCUUACCAAGAAACGAAAAAUGCGCCAUCAAGAGGAUCAAUUUGGAGAAAUGGAAUACAUCUAUGGACGAACUGUUGAAGGAAAUUCAAGCCAUGUCCAGUUGUAACCAUGAAAAUGUAGUAACCUAUCAUACAAGCUUCGUCGUGAAGGAGGAGCUGUGGCUAGUUCUACGACUAUUGGAAGGUGGCAGUCUUUUGGACAUAAUCAAACACAAAAUGCGAACGACAAACUGCAAACAUGGCGUUUUUGACGAAUCCACAAUCGCGACAGUUCUGAAGGAAGUCCUGAAGGGCUUAGAGUAUUUCCACAGUAAUGGACAAAUUCACAGAGAUAUCAAGGCGGGAAAUAUUCUUUUGGGAGAUGAUGGCACUGUCCAGAUAGCUGAUUUCGGUGUAUCGGCCUGGCUGGCUACAGGUCGAGAUCUGUCGAGGCAAAAGGUAAGGCAUACCUUCGUAGGAACGCCUUGUUGGAUGGCUCCUGAAGUUAUGGAACAGGAUCAUGGGUAUGAUUUCAAGGCUGAUAUAUGGUCAUUCGGAAUCACAGCUAUUGAAAUGGCAACCGGAACUGCUCCUUAUCACAAGUACCCACCAAUGAAAGUCCUGAUGUUAACUCUGCAAAAUGAUCCUCCUACACUUGAUACCGGAGCUGAAGAGAAAGACCAGUACAAAGCAUAUGGCAAGACAUUCCGUAAAAUGAUUGUGGAAUGUUUGCAAAAGGAGGCAUCGAAACGGCCUACAGCGAGUGAACUCCUCAAGCAUGCUUUCUUCCGUAAAGCGAAAGACAGAAAGUACUUGACCCAAACUCUGCUAGCUAGUGGUCCAUCAAUGGAGACCCGUGUGCAUAAGGCAGCCAAGCGACAACCAGGUGCAUCAGGUCGACUGCAUAGGACAGUUGCCGGUGAAUGGGUGUGGUCAAGCGAAGAAGAAGACAACGGCAAACAUUCAUCCGAUUCGGAGUCUGAGGAUCGCCCCAUGAAUCGCCUCGAAGCAGCCGACUCAUCCGAUAGUGAUCGCGAGGAGCCAUCAGAACCAUCUGAACGAACGGUCACGUGUACAACUGAACCAACUGCAACGGAGGUGUCUAACUCUACAACGGCCGAGGACUAUCCACCUGUCAACCUAGUUCUUCGAAUGCGAAAUAACAAGCGAGAAUUGCACGAUAUACGAUUUGAAUUUGCUGUCGGUAAGGAUUCAUCUGAGGGUAUUGCCUCAGAACUAGUCGAAGCUGGUCUUGUUGACAAUCGUGACACAGUCGUGAUGGCGGCCAAUUUACAAAAAUUAAUUGAUAAUCGUCAUCAAAUUAAAACUGUUACGUUCCAACUGAAUUCAGGUUAUAAUCCGGGUGAGGUGCCUGAUGAGAAAUCCUUAAUUGGUUAUGCUCAAAUUUCAAUAACAGAUUAGUUGGAUCGUGUCGCAAUGAUCGUAAUCGUGAUCGUCUGCGAUCAUUCGAAGUUCAUUCGUUUUCGCCUUUAUGUUAGUUUUAAAUAUAUUUUAAUUUAAUUUACUCGGAUCUGAGAUACAUACAAGUAAAUGGAACAUCAAACAGUUAAAUUUUGGCUGAAAAAAAGAUAAAAUUAUUAAAUUACCAGAAACUCUCAACAUGAAUGAAUCACAAGAAAAAUAGUUUCUUUUUCAAUUUUGUUCAUUGUUACGAUUAUUAUUGUUUUUUUUUUCUUCUUUUUUAUUUUUAAAACAUUGUAUUUUGCAAGUUAACUUAACAAUUACAAUUAUGUUCACAUAUUUUAUCUAUAAAUGAAGCUGUUUUCCUCAA